AUGGCCCUCUGGCCGUUCCGCCGGAAGACGGUGCACUCACCGACGCGCACCUCUCACCUCGACGAUAUCGAAGACUCCCCAACGCGUCGCCAUGGAACUUCCCCUCGUCGCACUGACGGCCGCAACAAUCGCGCCAGCGCUCCCGUCCCCAGAGCUAGCGUUCGCAAGAAACAGCGCCCUGAGCCCAACAAGCUCCAGAGACGCGUCAGGAACUACAGUUUCUCACCAAACCGCCGCGAAAUUAUCCAAGUCGAUCCCAGAAGCCGACCCCAGCAAUAUCAACACGAUCAAUGCGAUUCCCCUUGGACCCGUGCUCCAACCUUGUAUCUGAAGCGAGACCCCCGACACCCGCCCGUUGCAAGGCGGAAGAGUAGCAAGCGUCGCCAUGAAGACCAUGAGCGAGAGGCGGAAAUCAAGGCAAUGAGCUACUACAUGCCUAGCCUCCCCGCCGAUCGCCCGCUGCAUGGCGGUGGCAAGUACAGCAUCAAGAGGAGCAAAACCACCCGGCAUUCCGACCAGUCGGGCAAGAGAAACUCAGAUGUUUCGCUACCCUUACCGGACUCCUUACAGUCCAGCCUGUCUGGAGACUCCGACAUGACCUCGUAUCAGGUGUCCAUUUUUGACUCGCUUGCCCCCCGCCCAACCCUUCGCUAUGGUACUGGCAUAAAACGUACCUCCUCACGCGCUUCCGCGUCGGCGCAUCCAGUAUCGCCCAAGGGACUGCUCUCAGGAGGGAAUGCCAUAUCGGAGGAAGUCAUGCACCCGCGUAAGCGCAUUGACGACUUGGCUGACGACUUGGACGCCAAGGCUCUCCGUGAGCUCAUGGACAGAGACACCAAGAGACGCCAGCGCGCACGUACUCGAGAGCAGGCUAAAAUCGAGAAGAAGAUUGCCGACGCAGCGGAGCGCCACAGGCAAGAAGCAGAUGACGCAAGGAAGUCUGGGUCACCCUCCCCUUCCAACAUGGAGCGUGGCGUAAUAGGCCGUGAGCUUAUCGGCUUGGGUCUGGAUCCUGCCUCCACGGUCGUCACUUCCUCGCGUCAGCGUACCUCCCAGUCAUCAGAGCCCACUACAGCCAAUGAAACGCAGGCCCCCCUGCAGGUAUUUCAUCGCGUUGAUACUCUUCCCAACGAAGACGCCGACCGUGACACCGAGGCGUCAUCUGGACGUCCUGCGGCUCAAUCCAUCGACCAGCAGGAGUCUGGCGUAGCUGCGCCCCCAGUAUCACGCCUCUCGGGCUUGUUGAGAACAAAAAAGUCGCGCUCAAAAUCUACACUCGCUUCUGAUAAAGACAAGCUCGCUGUUCCCAACGAUGGGGAGUUUGCGCGAAAGGGCUCCGAAGCGAGCAUGGGCAAAGGUGCUCGUCUGUCUAUUUCCUCUUUACUGAAAUGGAAUAGCAGGAACAAGCGUGGCUCUGGCCCCUCGUCAUUCUCCAACACGUCCAGAGAAGAGAUGCAGGCCGUGGCCUCGGCGCAAGCGCAAGCGCAAGCCGAAGCACUCGCUAAACUGCAAGGAGAUGAUCUCCGCAGUGGCUCUGCCGAUAAUCUGCGAAGCGGCAGUUCAUUAUCUGGUAAUUACGUUGCAGGCAAACUUAGCGCGGCCCCGAAGCGCACGCGCUCACGCUUCCGUGAAGAUCUCGACGACUUCCCAACGCCGCCUGACUCACGCGUACAGUCACCAGAUGCUGAGCCUCCUAUGCCCAGUAUUGCCGACUCAAAUCAUGGUCACGGCACACAGCCUAUACCGAUCCCCGGUCAUGGAAUGCCGUCUGCUUUUGCACAGCGUUCCGUUGAGAAACUGCGUGAGAGAGCCUUGACCGGAGGCUCGGGGAGCUACACCGCACCCUCACCGGACCAGAAUCUGUCCAUGUCUCUGGCAUCGAUUGAUUCUGAGGGCUCCUGGCUGUCCGGUGGCGCUGGCAUCCGCCGAUCUGGCGCUAUUAGAGAUAGCCUCUUACGUGCCAAUCGUCAAGCGCAGCGUGACAGCUCCCCCGCUCCGAGUCUCGACGAGGAUCUGGGCAUCAUUGAGGAUGAGUACAUGACGCGCCUCACCCCCACUCACCAAUCUCACGGAGUUCCUAAGAGGCGCUCAGAGGAAGGUCGUCCCAGCAGUGACGAGGACGAAGGGGAGUUGAAAUGGGGUGCAGUUGGUGCUCGCCCACAGUUUAUCCACCGCGUUAACCGUGGGACGGUGCACAGUCAGCAAGCGCUGGUCAAUAUUGAUUCCGCUGACGAGGAAAGCAUUAUUGAGGCCUCGACAUAG